GUCGCAGCUUACAUAUUACGCAAACUCAAAGUCUCCUUAUUUCCCCCAAGGAGGUCCGCCCGGCCAUCAAGAACCUCAACUCUUAACUAAUCAAACAUCCAAGAUUGACUGAAAUUCUUGCCGCUUUAACACUCAGUGGAUUUAGGCGGUGAGGAUGUCGACGCCGGCGAGGAAAAGAUUGAUGAGGGAUUUUAAGAGGUUACAGCAGGAUCCACCUGCUGGCAUCAGUGGUGCUCCUUAUGACAACAAUAUAAUGCUUUGGAAUGCUGUUAUAUUCGGUCCUGAUGAUACACCUUGGGAUGGAGGUACGUUUAAGCUGACACUUCAGUUUUCGGAGGAUUACCCCAACAAGCCUCCAACGGUUCGGUUUAUAUCCAGGAUGUUCCAUCCGAAUAUUUAUGCCGAUGGAAGUAUUUGCUUGGACAUACUGCAAAAUCAGUGGAGUCCUAUAUAUGAUGUUGCUGCUAUACUCACUUCAAUCCAGUCUUUGCUUUGUGAUCCAAACCCAAACUCGCCAGCUAAUUCAGAAGCAGCUCGCAUGUUUAGUGAGAACAAGCGUGAGUACAACAGGAAGGUGCGUGAGAUAGUUGAGCAGAGCUGGACGGCUGACUGACAUCUUUCUGGCUGAAUCUGUCACGGUAGAUUUUCCUGGUAGGUUUACCGGGUCAAGCUGCAAUGUUUUCUGUGCUGUUGCUACAUUAAUAAUAAAUGUAGCAAGAAAUUGUCCUUUUAUGUGCUGUUUAGGAACUCUGAUUGUCUUUAUCUUCAUGUUGUAUUACUCGACUAUGAGACAAUGUACAUAUUGAUCACUUGUAUCCAAAUUGUAUGAAGUUCUUUUCUGUUGGUCAUCAUGAGACCUCCAAUGGGAAAUGGAUAAAUAUCUGAUAUUUUUGUUGAGUAA